AUGGAUCCUCCUCAAUAUCCCGGGGAAGACACCAGGCCAACGAGCAAGAAAGAGUUGGCUGGCUUCUACCUCUACGGCUGGGCUGCGGAAGUCUUUGUCGUCUGUGGGAUGGGCUCGUUUGUUCCCAUCACCCUCGAACAACUCGCCCGAUCGCGCGGCGUCCUCCUAUCUGAUGGCCAGACUCCUUGCGAGCCAUCCAUGACCCCUCCUGCAGUGCCCGAGUCCAGCGCCAACAGCUCUCCAUUCCUUGAGCUCUUCGCCCGCCGAGCAACCCCUGACGUCGACCAAUGCGUCGUCCGAAUAUUAGGGACAGAGGUCAAUACCGCCAGUUUCGCUCUCUACGUCUUCAGCAUAUCCGUCGCUGUACAGGCCAUCCUCAUUGUGAGCGUGUCCGGCGCCGCGGAUCAUGGACGGUUUCGCAAGAGCUUCUUGCUUGGAUUUGGGUUUGCAGGGGCGAUCGCGACGAUGCUAUUUCUGCCGGUUGGGUCGUCGAUGAUUCUCAUUGCCGCACUCCUCGCCAUCCUGUCGAACACAUGUUUUGGAGCGAGCUGGGUUCUGCUGAACUCCUUUCUCCCCUUGCUCGUCCGCCAUCACCCCGACAUCCACGCCGCAAACGAGGCGGAACAACAGGCUAGAGAACAAGACGAAACUACACGUCCCCUCGUACAUGUAGAAGACGAAGAAGUCGAAGAAGCCGAAGACGAGGCCGCCGACACCUCAACUGCCGCCCUCCUCCCUUCCACCACAUCCCCCCCAACGACCUCCGACCGCUCCAAAACCUCUCUCGAACUCAACAUCGGCACCCACAUCUCCGCCCUCGGCAUUGGUAUCGGCUACACCGCCGCCAUCCUCGUCCAAACCCUCUGCAUCCUCCUCGUCGCCCGUGUCGCCCCUCCCCUCCUCGCCCUCCGCCUCGCCCUCUUCCUCAUCGGCGCCUGGUGGUUCCUCUUCACCAUCCCCUCCGCCCUCCUCCUGCGCCCGCGGCCCGGGCCCCCCCUCCACCUCCCCUUCCGUACCCACCACGACCCCACGAACGCCUUCACACGCUUCCGCCGACGCGUCCGCCUCGUGUGGACCUACGUCACCCUCUCCUGGAAAUCUCUCUUCGCCACCCUCCUCCGCGCCCGCGCGCUCUUCGACCUCCUUCUCUUCCUCUUCGCCUGGUUCCUCCUCUCCGACAGCAUCGCCACCACCUCCGGCACCGCCAUCCUCUUCGCCAAAACGACCCUCGACCUUCCUGCGUCGCAGAUCGCACUCAUCUCGAUCCUCUCGACGCUCUGCGGGAUCUUCGGCGCCGCGUUCUGGCCCUUCCUCGCGCGCCGCCUCGACCUCUCCCCCACCACGACGCUGAUCAUCUGCAACGCCAUCUUCCUCCUCAUCCCGCUCUACGGUCUCUCGUACUACGUGCCGUUCGUCCGAAACGCGGGGCUGGGCCUGCAGUCGGCGGGCGAGGUAUUCGCGCUAGCGUGCGUGUACGGGCUGCAGCUGGGGGGCAUUAGCACGCACACGCGAGCGCUGUACGCGGAGUUGAUCCCGCCAGGGAGCGAGGCCGCGUUUUUCGCGCUGUAUGCGAUCACGGAUAAGGGGUCGUCCGUGCUGGGGCCGUUGGUGGUGGGGGCGGUGACGGAUCGGUUUGGGGGGAUACGGCCGGCGUUUGUGUUUUUGGCGGUGUUGGUGGCGGCGCCGUUGCCGAUGUGGUGGGCGGUGGAUGUGGAGAGGGGGAGGAGGAGGGCGUGGGAGGUGGCGGGGGAGGUAGAGGGGAAAGAGGUAGUGGGGCGGCGGAGAAGGGUGGUGGAGGAGGGGGGUGAGGAGGAUGGGGAGGAUGGGGAGGAUGGGAGGAUUAGGAUGGUGGAUGAGGAGGAUGAAGAGGAGAAUAGUGGAUGA